AUGAAGCUCACCGCCAUCCUCACCUUCCUCUGCGCGUCCACCACGCUCGCCGCCACGAACUACGUCCUCCAAGUCGACGGCAGCAUCAAAGCCUACGACGUCGUAGAAGGCGACCUACAAGCCCGCCAGCAGUUCGAGAGCUGCUGCGCCACCAGAUUCGUGCCGCCGUGCGGCUGUGGUACCGACUGUCCUAGCUGCGGUAAGAAGAAGAAGGACAUUGCUAACAGUGCCGUGUAG